UCGCGUGAUAAUCGCAAGACAAGCGAUGACCUAAUUCUGUCAUUAUCCAGUCAUUCCUGUAUCAAAAUAAAACAUGUGCGUGAUUUGGCUGGGUUGUUUACAUGGGUGUUGAUUUUCUCGGUACAUAAUCAAGUAGAUUAGACCAUGGAGGUAGACCUACUUGGGCACCUGGACUGGACAGAAAAGCUGACAGAGUUUUAUUAUAGUUAGGUGUGAAUUGUGGUCACUCCAUUCAUUCACUAACGACCUGCCAGAAGACAGCUGAAGGAAGAGGAGCAAUACAAGGCAUUAGACGUGACGCAUUGACCGUGACGCUGGAUGAUCAUAACUGGUGCUAUUUACACCACUACUAAAUCCUUCCUUAAUGGCUGAUCUAAAUGUCAUUUGAGCUAUGUCUGUGACCUGAGACGACUGUGUGUGUGGUGACUGUGAGGAGGGGCAGUGUAUAGUGUGAAGGACUUCGUAUGUGGUUGGAUUCCUCUUUGAUGGAUUGUAUGCAUAGAGCAAGAAUUGUAUCAUCUGUGACAAGACUUGAGUGAGAGCGAUUCGAGUGACGAGUGAAAGAACAAAGAGAGAGUCGACCUGGUGAGGGCACAUCACUUCUUGGACAAGACGACGUCUCAACUGCUUGUUUACUCAAGCGAUUGAUAUCCCUGUGUGUGCCGAAUUAUUAGGAACUAUCAAACAUGGAUUCGCCUGUGAAACAAAACGGAACCACGCAGCCUGAUGCAAACGGGGUAGAGCUAAUCACAUUGGGCCAGGAUGCGAAUAACAGCAACAACGUGCCAGUUGACGCUGAGGGGAUUCCACCCAGUUCGCCCAGUAGGACCCCAGAAGGCGUCAAACCUCCCAACGGGUACGGGGUGCUCCGCAGCGAUGAGGAGCAGACUGAGGAUGGGACGGAUGACGACCUAGAGGAACUUGAAGUGCAAUGCGGAUGGCGCGGGUUCAGACCGAGGUUCCUGCAGUGUUUUAAUAACCCACCCGGCGUGCUUCUCUUCCUUAGCCUGUUCGCCGUCACCCAAGGGAUGACCGUCAACGGCUUUGUAUACGUGGUAACCACCACACUGGAGCGACGCUUCAACCUCCCCAGUGUACGCAGCGGCUCAAUCUCAAGCUCCUACGACUUCUCUGUCAUGGUGGUCAUCACGUUCGUCACGUACCUCGGCGACCGGUCCCACAAGCCGAUGUGGCUGGGGUUCGGCGCAUUAAUAUUCGCCUUCGGAUCCUUCUUCUUUACUCUGCCGCAUUUCCUGACGCCGUUUUACGAUUUCAGUGCAUCGGACUUUGAGUUGUGCGAGCUGAACCGCAAUCUCACGGACACGUGUACCUCUGAAGAGAUGGAAAGUGGACUAGCGAGCUAUUUUUGGCUCUUUGUGUUUGCGCAGUUUUUGCAUGGACUUGGUGCAGCACCGCUGUACACGCUGGGUGUAACUUAUAUAGAUGAGAAUGUACAACCAAAGAUGACUUCUUUAUAUAUCGGCAUAUUCAAUGCAGCUUCAUUACUGGGUCCGGCCAUUGGCUACCUGCUUGGUGGGGCAUUGCUGUCAGUCUACACUGAUUUACAAGUGGAUUCUAACAGCCUUGGUAUCGAUCCAGACAGCCCGUUGUGGAUUGGUGCAUGGUGGAUAGGUUUCAUCAUCAGUGGUACAUUAGCGUUGUCCAUCACUCUACCAUUCCUAGCCUUCCCAAAGGCUCUACCAGGUCAGAAGAAGCUUGCCAAGCUACGGAUCUCUGAAUGCCAUGGAGGUCAAGAGUUUGCGGCACGGACAGGAUUCGGGAACAGCCUGAAGGAUUUCCCGAGAGCUGUCUUGGUUCUGCUCAAGAACUUUCCCUUCGUCUUCAUCUCGGCCUCUGCCUGUACAGAGUGGUUUAUCCUGUCCGGUUUUGCCGUCUUUGCUCCCAAGUUCCUCGAGUCGCAGUUUAAUUUGUCCUCAGGAUGGGCGUCUAUUGUUGUUGGUCUAACCGUCAUCCCGGCUGCAGUCUUUGGUUCAGUGAUCGGCGGCUGGGUGGUGAAGCAUUUCAACCUGCGUUUCCGAGGAAUGAUCAGAUUCUGUCUGGCAUCUUUAGUCGUCUCCUUGUUUAUGAUUGCUAGUUUCCUCAUCAGUUGCCCCAAUCCAAAUUUUGCGGGAGUUACCGUGGACUACGACAAGAAUUUAUACACUGCAGACCAGCAAACCAACCUGUCAUCUGCUUGUAACUCUGGUUGUCAUUGCGCCAACACAUUCGAGCCAGUAUGUGGAGUGGAUAAUAUCAUGUAUUACUCCCCAUGUCAUGCGGGAUGUGAAGUCACACAUGAUGAUGGAACAGGCAGUAAGUCUUUUUACAACUGUAGCUGUGUAGAGAUUCCAGAGAGUGUCGGUCCCAAUGAUCCAAUUGCAAUCUCCGGAAAGUGUACAAGUAAAUGCACGUGGCAGCCGCUAUUCCUGGCUCUUCUAUUCUUGUUAGAGUUCUUCACAAUACUAGCAGUCGUCCCAGCAACUACUGCCACGCUUAGAUGUGUUCCUCAUACCCAGAGAUCAUUUGCUCUUGGGCUGCAGUCUCUGUUUUAUAGAACUCUUGGAACUGUACCUGGUCCAGUCAUCUUCGGUGUAAUCAUCGAUCAGACCUGCCUCCUAUGGGAGUAUAGCUGUGACGGGUCAGGUUCCUGCUGGCUCUACAGUAACUUUGACUUCAGUCGUUCCAUUCUCAUCCUCUCUGGCUGCAUGAAGAUCGGCUCCAUCUUGUUUUUCCUCGGGGCUCUCCUGACGUACAAGCCGCCGCCACAAGAGGACGACGACACCCCUGCUGCUGUGAGGGAGUCGAUUCCGGAAGGGGAGGCUGUUGGUGAUGACACGGUGUAAGUGGGGGUCAGAGGUCGGAAUGUUAAUGAGGAAGUAAUAACCACUUUACUUCUGUAAAGGACAACAAAUGUUCUCAUAAAUACACUCGGAACUUUUAUUCUGUACCGAGAGAAUAUGGAAUGUCGUCAGCUUGAAUCAGCCAAACCUUUGUCAUCAGCCACUGCCGAUAAUCUGCUAUGGUAUGGUGGAAUCUUGCAAAUUCCUUGUUUGUCCAACAAAAGGACGAAGGUACGGAGUCAGGAUUACAUGAUAACCCCUGACAAAAACGAUGUCAAGUAUGAACAAAAAGGGGAGAUUUCCAUCAUGAGUUCCAUUACCCUUUGUCCCUCUUGGUGUUGCUGAAACAAAGGACAGCAAAAUCAUUGCAUGCCUGUGCACACUACUUAUAAAAUGUCUGGGUGUUUAAUAUAUGCCAAAAAAAGACUUUCAGAAAUAUUUUCCGAAACAUCCACCGUAUUUCAGAUUGGAAAAAAUAAUGCAUAUUAAGACGUCAAUUGGUGCCAAGUGGUUUAGAGUUUUGAUAUCGUAAGCAGAGCCAUGAAAUAUGGCCAGCUCUAGCUCCAUAAAUAGGGCCAAUCCACUUAAUAUCCUUGGCACUCCGAGUAAAUCAGUCUGGUAGAAAUUCAAUUGUAGUAAUUGAUCGUACCGAUGUUGUAAAGUUGUUGAGGGAGCUUGAGAAAACUUAGUUUGCUAACCCAAAUGCUGGUACUGGUGCUCGAUCCCAUUAUAUGAUAACGUUGAAAGGCAAGUUUUUUCCUUCUCAUUAUACUGGUCACAAAAAUAGUUUUGCGUUGGUGCUGAGGUCCAACGAUAACAAAGUGGAUUGGCUCGAUAACAAAGUGGAUUGGCUCUAUUUAUGAGGCUAGG